UAGCCAAAGCUCUAAUGGUUGAAACCCCAUCUUCUUUAACUUGAUUUGAUGUGCAUCCUCUUCAUGACUGUGCCACAAUCGCCUUCCACCUCAAUCUGUCUUCGUCUUUAACUUUAUUUUUCUUUGACUUUUCCACUUUACCUGACUUUAUUUUUAACUCAUUCACAAACAAUUCACUUUGCAUCCACAUCUCAUUCAGUUUCCUUUGUUUCAUCUUUCAUUCACCAAAAUCAUAGGCAAUUGCUGCUUAGUCCAAAUUGGUUUAGAGAAUUUCAUCAUUCGUGGCUUGGAUUCCAUUGCUGGCCACGUUAAUUAUAUAUGCAAGCUUAAACAAACUCUUCCAACUUUAUCUGCUGCUCUUCAAGAACUGACGGCACAAAGGAACGACCGGCAAAGCCAGGUUGAUCUUGCAGAACGACAACUGAAGCCCUUUGAGCAAGUUCAGCUAUGGCUUUCAAAAGCAGAAACUAUGAUAACAGAGGCGGAAAAGUUGAUUGAAGAUGGCCUUCAACAAAUGAAUAACUUGUGUCUCGGCGGCUGUGGUCUAGCUAGAAGUUUGGUAAAAAAGUGGCCGAAAUGCUUCAAGAAAUAAGCGAUCAUAAGAGUACAGGAGUUUUUGAGAAAGUAGCAGAGAAUCAGCCCGCAGCUUCAGUGGUAGUUAGACCUGUAGAGCAGCCGGUUGCUCUAGAAUCCACAAUCCAAAAGGUAUGGAGCUGCAUCGCGGACAAAGAUGUGGGGAUCAUUGGCCUCUAUGGCUUGGGGGGCGUUGGCACGACAACUCUCUUGACCAAACUCAACAACAAGUUCAGCACCACACCGAAUGUUUUUGAAGUUGUUAUCUGGGCGUUGGUGUCUAAAGAUUCCGAUGUUGGAAAGAUUCAAGAUAGGAUUGGAGGAAAUUUUGGGUUUUCAGAUGAUUCUUUUGAAAGUGUUGAUCAGAAAGCUCCAGAUAUCUAUGGGGUGUUGCGCAACAAGAGAUUUAUUGUAUUAUUGGAUGAUUUAUGGGAGAGGGUGGAUUUGAACCAAGUUGGGAUACCAAAACCAAGCCAAGAAAAUGGUUCCAAACUUAUUUUUACUACUCGGUCUUUGGAGGUAUGUGGUGAAAUGGAAGCUCAAAAGAAAAUCAAAGUGAAGUGCCUGGAAACGGAAAAGGCUUGGGAAUUGUUCCGAGACAAGGUUGGAGAUGAAACUCUCAACAACCAUCCAGAUAUUCCAAAUCUAGCUAAACAAGUAGCUAAAAGGUGCGGUGGACUGCCUCUUGCACUAAUUACAAUCGGUCAUGCCAUGGUUUGCAAGAAAACAAUUGGGGAAUGGAAAUAUGCAAUUGAGGUGUUGAAGCGAUGUGCAUUGCCAAAAUUAGAAAAUGAGGAAUUCCUGUUUUUAAAAUUCAGUAUGAAAUGUUGCCUCCUAUAUUGUUGUUUGCAUCCCGAAGAUUAUUGUAUUCCCAAAAGGAGAUUAAUGGAGUAUUGGUUUUGUGAAAGGCUAUUGAACGAAUUUGAUAGAAUUAGUGAAGCUCAAAUGCCAGGAGACAACAUCAUCUGCCCUCUUAUUAGUGCUUGUUUAUUGGAAAAUGAUGGUGAAAUAGAUGGAGAAGAUUGUGUGAAGAUGCAUGAUGUGAUCCGUGGUAUAACUUUAUGGAUUACACGCAAGUUCGAAGCAACAGAGAAUAAUUUUUUUGUAACAGCAGGGGCUCAAUUAUUUCAAGAACCAGAUGUUAAGCCAUGGGAAAAUGUAAAAAGAAUGUCUGUGAUGGAAAAUAAGAUUGAAGUUCUCAACAAAACACCCAAAUGCCCUAGCCUUUGAACCUUGUUUCUUAGUCGUAAAAGAUUUACAAUUCCAAAAGUUCAAAAUUAAAUUAAAACAUAAAUCGUCUUAUUUUAUUAACCACUAAAUUAAUCUGAGCUCUUGCACGUUGCCUAAUCCUAAGUUUGUUGAUUACUUGAGAAGUCAGAAAAAUUGGGUGGCUUACAAAGCUCAAUGUGUAACUCAGCCCAUACAAACAGAA